GCCACAGUAUGAAGUUCCUUGCCCUGAGUCUCGCCCUGAUCGCCGUGAUCACCUGCUGUUUGGCCCUUCCGGUGGAUCUGGUCGAUGGUGCACCACUGACCCUACUGGAACUGGAGGCGGAACAGGAUCCCCAGGUGGAUGAACUGGAGGGCGAGCGAGUGGAACGAGGACUAGGAGGUCUGGGAGGACUCGGCGGCAAGUUCGGCGGCUUCGGAGGACUCGGUGGCCUGAAGGGAGGAUUCGGUGGACUGGGACACGGCUUUGGCGGUGGAUUCGGAGGACAUGGCUUCGGCGGCGGCUUCGGUGGACUGGGCAGCUUCAAGAGUCUCUUCAACAAGAAGUUCCGUUGAUGUUGCAGCAAACACAAAUUGUAGUCUAGUAAUUUCGUAAUAAAGUAUGUUUAAGUAAAAUUAAAA